GAUGGCAGGACAGGUCAUAGCUGAGCCGGUGAGAUCAUGGAGUCUGCGCCGAGGUCGGACAGGAUACGACCGGGAGUCAGCAGUGAUGGAGAGGUGCCUGUCCGCUGGGACGGUGACUCGACUUUCCUGUGCGGCAACAGCUGGCUGUCAACUUAGAAAAUCCAUGAUGACCUGGUUUAUAGUGGGAAUCACAAGACCUCUGGUCUAUGUGUCUGAGUGCUCCAUUGCCAACGGUCACUGCCAUUUUUUACUAAAAAUACUAAAUAAGACCCAGCCUCAAGCCCUAAACUGUCAGGGCUGGACAGGUGAAAACUGAAUGGUUGAGAAGUGGCCUUUAUUCUGUUCUUCAUUCUGGCUCCUUCAGGGGACAUGAAAAUUAGUCCAACUCUUACAAUUUCUUCCCUGACGUCAUAUUCUGCCAUACAACAAUGCCUUUAAACAUAAGAGCCAAGCCCUCACACAGCAAGCUGUCUGCUGCUGCAAAGAGUGAUGUCAGCACAUCGCAUUCACGCUUCUCAAGGUCUCCUAAACAGGGCAAAGGUAAGCAGGCUGUAAGCUCAGCACCAGGGUCCCGCUCUGGGCUUGAGCCAGGCUCUGUGUCAGGGGGUGUGCCUGCACCAGCAUCCAAAUUUGCUGGGGCUCAAGGGUCAGUGUCAAGGCCAGCUUUGAAAAUCAAAGCUGGUACAGCAGCAGACAAAGGCUCAACUCAUGGUUCAGCAACGGCUCCAGGUGGUAAAACUCUGUCGAUGGAGAACAUCCAGUCUUUGAGUGCUGCCUACACCACUUCCAGCACUGUGUAUCCCAGUGAACGUGAGACCUUGGAACCCUCUGGUGGGUACCCCAAAAGCACCAUGACAUUAGGCCGAAGUACCAGCCGCUCCUCCUACACUGGCCGGGCAACAACCAUGGGCAGCAGCCCAAACAUCACAUCCUCUGGGAUGCAUCACAUGUCAGAAUCUGCUGGAGACCAAACCAUGCUUACUGCAGGUACUUCCAAUCUGAGACGGCAGUCUGGAAGAUUUACACACACUCUAGAUUCAGCUGGACGGGGAGAUGUUUCCACCUAUGAUCUUCAGGCUCAGCUGAAGGAGCUGCAGAGAGAGAAUGACACCCUCCGGAGAGAGCUGGAUGGAGGAAGGGAUGGAAAGACAGGUCACAGCAUGAAUAGUGUCAACUUCUGGACCCCAGAUGUAAAGAGAGACAAGGGGGGUAGGCGUGAGGAGGGAAUGAGGACCUCAGUUGUGAAGGAUCAGUACAGGAUAAACCAAGAAGAUUUACAGCCAGGGGAUAUCAGAAGAAACAAGCAGCUUCCACUAACAGUACAGGAGCUUCAGGAAGAGCUGAGAGCUCACAGGGAGAUGAACUGUCGCUUGCGGCAACAGCGGCAGCAGGGAAACUCCUAUCGAGAACACCAUGUGGACCCUGACUUCAGAGGGGGUCUCAGCCCUGGCCACAGCCCCAGACAAAGUCCCAGCAACCUGCACAGUCCUGCAACAAAGAACAGCCCCAGAGCAAGCCCAUCCAACACCUACAAUCCAAGGCAACAGGAAGCUGACAUCAUCAUUCACAGCCCUGGGUAUGGCUGUACCACUGCAGUAGCCUCACAGAGACUAAGCCCUGCCAACACCAUUCAGCCUGGGCUGAGGAACAACCCAAGUCAGCCUCUUUAUGGUCUCAGCCAAGGUUUGGGAGUAACCUCCAGCUCGAGUGCCCUUCGGACCUGUAGCCCCUGUCAGGUGCCUGGUUGUGAUGGAUUUUCCUCACCUCCUCCCCUGGAUCCGUCAGAAGAAAACUUCUUCCAACUGCAAUCGGAGCAUGAGCGGCAAGCCAAGGAGCUGUCCCUGCUGAGGAAGACCAUGGAAGAGAUGGAGCUGAGAAUUGACUCUCAGAAGCAGACACUGGGUGCUCGAGACGAAAGCAUUCAGAGGCUGCUGGAGAUGCUUCAGGGUCAGGGACAUGGUGGACGGGGACAGCGGACAGGCAUAAUAACCAUGGCGGCACAGGAGGCUGAAGCCCAGCUUGAAAGCAUGCAUUUGAGAGAGGAGCUCCAUCGCCGGAACCACCUCCAGGCCGAUCCGAAUAAGACCAGAGCUUUGCAGACUGUCAUUGAUAUGAAGAACACGAACCCCUCUCUCUGUUUUGAUCCUGAUGUUAUCUGGCAGGACACCAAGAUCUCCUCCCUGGAGAGAAACAUCAGAGACUUAGAGGAUGAGAUCCAGAUGCUAAAGAACAGAGGCCUGCUGCACCCUGAUGACAGACAAGAUGAGCUCAAGCAGGUGGAGGUCUACAAAAGUCACUCAAAAUUCAUGAAAGCUAAGGAGCAGGCCUUGUCACCGUGUGUGUCUUCCAUCAGACCAGCUCCCACCUUCUUCCUCCCCACCCAACAGCCUUGGAUCACAGAACACGCAGAAAUAGAGCAGCUGAAGCAGGAGCUGAACAAGAAGGAGUCAGAGAUGCAGGCCCUGCAGACCAAACUAGAAACACUGACCAAUCAGAACUCUGACUCCAAGCAACACAUCGAGGUGCUGAAAGAGUCGCUCAGUGCCAAGGAGCAGCGUGCUAAUACUCUGCAGACAGAGGUAGAUGCUCUGCGAGUGCGUCUCGAAGAGAAGGAGCAGUUUCUGACCAAGAAGACGAAGCAGCUGCAGGACUUGACCGAUGAAAAGAGCACACUAACUGGAGAAAUCAGAGACAUGAAGGACAUGCUGGAUGUCAAGGAGAGAAAAAUCAAUGUCCUGCAGAAGAAGAUUGAAAACCUGCUGGAACAGUUAAAAGAUAAGGACAAACAACUGGCGGGAUUGAGGGAAAGGGUUCAGGGCCUUCAAACUGACUCCAGUAAUACUGACACAGCUCUGGCCACACUGGAAGAGGCGUUGUCCGAAAAGGAGCGAGUGAUUGAGAACCUGCGGGACCAGAAGGAACGAGACGACAGGGCUCGGCUUGAGGAGUUGGAGCAGAUGAGGAGGGAGAACCAAGAAUUAAAGGGCAAACUGUCAGUUCUGCAGCCCCAGAAACUGCCACAGAGCCAGACCUCUAACCCCAGCUCAACCCAUAACCCAAAGCCGGAUGGAGAGGUGCAACCCAAAGUAGAUGGGCUUCCACCAGUUUCCCCCUUGUCCACACAUGCACACAUACACUCUAAGGCCCAAAACCCAGAAGAAACAGUCAGAAUGUGUCCAGACAUCACAGAUCGUCUGAGGCUUCUAGAGCAGGAAGUAGCCCGCUACAGAGAGGAGUCUGGGAAGUCCCAAGCUGAGGUGGAGAGGCUAAUGGGAGCACUGAAGGAUGCUGAAAUGGACAAAUCAUGCAAGGAGAAGAAAAUCACUGACCUUGAAAGACCUGGGCAAAUCAAAUCUCCAAAUAUCCAGAAGCAGAUGAUGCCUGGUGAGAUGAGGAAAGAUGCUCUGACAGACGGACAUCCACACUCUUUAUCGCAGGAUGCCAUGCGGGACACAGCAGAGCGGAUCAUGGAGUUGGAGAAGGCACUGAGAGAGAGCAUGAACACCUCCGCACAUAGAGAGGCUCUCUGGGCACAGGAGGAAGCUGCCCGUGUUCAAGCCCACAGACAGUUGGAGGAACUGAUGGGGGCCUUGGAGAAGACACGUCAGGAACUGGACGCCACUAAACUGCGGCUGUCCUCCACUCAGCAAUGCCUGCAUGAACGAGACGGCCACCUCAGCAGUCUUCGUCAGGAGAGACGCAAACAACUAGAGGAGAUUCUGGAGAUGAAGCAGCAAGCUUUGCUGGCAGCUAUCAGCGAGAAGGAUGCUAACAUUGCCUUGCUGGAGAUUUCUUCCUCCAAACGCAAGAAAGCCCAGGAAGAAGUGAUGACUCUGAAGAGGGAAAAGGACAGGCUCAUGCAUCAGCUCAAACAGCAGACGCAGAGCAGAAUGAAGAUGAUUGCAGAUAAUUAUGAGGAAGAUUACAUCCAUCCCCAACAUCAUCCUCAUCAUUCGCACCAUUUGCAUCCGGCAAAUGUGCAUCAUCAUCAUCAUCUGCCAAGAGGGGUUCCACAUGCCAACCACAGACCCCCUAUGGACCAGGUCAAUAUAAAUGAUGAUGAAGAAGGGAUUUGGGCUUGAUGACUCCUGCCUUGGAAACCUAUAUCCAUUUAUUCACAGAUGGAUAUACCAUGAGAUGAUCAUCACUUAUGACCAUCAGCUUAUUUAUACCCAUUGUCAUGACCACCAGAUAUACACAUAAGGAGAUAUCCACAUCCAAAUACAAGUAGGUGUUGGAAACUUACAUGUCACUCUCGUGGAAAAGACAAUAACCUGCUGAGGACCUGGUUCCUUGUGGGUAAACAUUCCUUACCAGAGCAUCAGACUGCAGUCUCAAGGUUUUGGCCAGCAGUCCUCUGCUUUCGUUUUCAGAGCUCUUUCCUAUAGACUGGAAGCUGGGAUCACCGUUCAGCAACAUGGUGCUAUAGAGUCCUGGCUUUACAUCAUCCAGCAGUUACUUCAAUGCUGUAAACUACAAGAGGGACAAAGCUGAACCAGUGGAACUAAAUCAUAAAACCAUGCCAAUCCUGGUCCGGUUUAUGUUGGCAUGAAUGUGUUUACUUCUGCAGCUUAAUAUCAGACUUUUGUAAAUAUGACAACAUGGACCUCAAAAUGCAACAAUCCACAGAGACCUUCUCAAUGUACCGUGCCAAAGGAUUUGCAAUGCAUCAUUCACGAUCCAAAACUAGUCAGUAAAUCUCCCUAGUUAUUCUACUGUCUCUCUUCUAUUCCCUGCAGAAAUGAGAAAAAGAUGCAACAAUUUGAAGAUCUUCCUCCACCUCCUCAAAAAUCAAAACCUUAAUUUAUGGGGAGAGAAAUGCAGCGGACCUCAAAUCAGCCAGCUUACUGUAUCAGCAGAGUAUUUAUUCAUUUCUCCUUGUGUUCUGUAGCCUGCUGUGCAUUUGUUUAAUGAACCAAUAUCAUGUUGUUUGAUUUUCUACAGCUGAAACUAUCUGAGUGCCACUCUGAUUGUAUUGAUUGAUCUGAUUAUAUAUUUUUAUUGUAGCAGCUGUGUGUGUCUUAUUAUACCAAGGAUUGGUGUGUUUUAAUUAUCUAUAUAUUGAUCCUGUGAAUCUGUGUGACUAAUCCAUAUACAUUGAAGUGACUUGCAUUUUAAAGAGCUUUUUUUUCACUUUAAUAAAGGUGGGCCUGAGGUGAUGAAAAAGUGCAGUAAUGUGAUUUAUUCAGCAGCUUAACAGUGUGUCAGUUUGGCUGUUACUUAAUAUGUACAGUUUUUGUACAGUGUGUGCGUGAUUUAGUCCCACUCCCUUGGAUGUGGAUGCUGUGAAAGUUUGGGGGGGGCAGUAUUCACCCUUGGCUUGUACCACACCAUUUCACAGCAUGUUUGUUUCUGGCUUGUUUCUGUUGUUUGAAUAAAG